AUGGCCUCUGAAGUGGCAGCAUUAAAAGAAGACAUUGCCCGCUCAACUGCUGCAAUGCAGUUGGCAACUCAAAAUCUUAUGGAACAGCUUCAUAGGCUUUCUGAAUCACGAGCUACAAGAGAACGGUCCGCAACCCCGUGGGAAACGGCGGACACACCAAGGGAGCGUACCGAACCAAGUUUUUCAGGUGCGGUGCCUCCAAUCCAAGUGCCAGUGGCCCCGUGGGCCAGCAACACCAAGGUCAAUUCCUUGAAAGCAAAGGACAUACCCAAGUUUACAGGCAAAAGAAACCAAGACAUUGAAGAAUGGCUUAACAAAGUCCAACUUCUUCAAAACAUUAGCACAACAUCAGAUGCCAGGAUGGUACAGCUCCUACCAGCCAUGAUAGCCAAGAAAACCCCUGCCAACACCUGGUUUUACACUCUGGAAGCCCAGGAAACUUGCUCAUGGACCUGGAAAAGGUGGAAGGAAGAACUGCUUCAAGAGUUCCGAGACCCCCUAACCGAAUCCAAGCACAAAGCUGAAUAUGUGUGCUGUCAUGCAAACCCCAAAGAAUUUCACAGCUUUCUUGCAUUCAUCAACCACAAAACUCAUCUCCAGCACCUUGCUUAUGGCGACUGGGCAAACAUAGAAUGUCCUGCUGACCAGCAUUUCAACCUAAUAGUCAAACAAUUGCCCAGCAACAUCCAAAUCAUGGUCAAAUCCUGUAACGUCACGAAGCUGACCAAAUUAAAAGACUUCCUGUGCCUUUAUUUCGGCUCUGAUGACACCAGAAAACGAGACCCUUGCUACAGCGGUGCUGCUGAAGCUCAGAAGAAGUCACAAAAGACCGCAAUCGACAAAGGCCCUAAGCAGACGGCUCAACAUAAAACCGGAAACCCCGAAAAGGGUCGCGACGGCCCUCAGAAGAUGGUUCCGGACCCCAACACAGAACCACCAGCACCCUGCAAAUUCUGUCAGAAAAAGCAUUGGAAUGUUUUCUGCUGGCAGAACCCGAACCGAAAAGAUCCUGAAGAUGGAAAGAAGGGACCAUAUGGAGCACCCAUGCCCGCAGGUUGGAAACCCAAACAGGAGUCCAAGAAGUCAUACAUAGUGGAGCUGGACUCGACGUCCGCUACCACCGAGACUCUUUUUUCGGCUUCGGAACUGGAAAGGACAGCCGCCGCUAAUCAAGGAUUCCACACCAUCGGAUUCUUUCAUUCACCCGAGCACUCGGAAUCAACAAUUUUGAUGACCGCACCUCUUUCCAAGGUCACGGUGACCAAGGAAGAGGACCCCCGCAUGCCCACGCAGGGCUGGGACCAAGUCUGGGACAACAUAGCCAUCAUCUGGGGCACCCCGCAAGUGGCUCUGAUGAUGGGCAACAACCCCCGCGCGCUCAGCUUCUUCGCCAAAGAACCGAAGCGAGGCACCGGGCACCUUGGGAACGACCCCUACGCAGUCGCGUGGAGUUCCCACCACCUCUACAUUGCUGCCGCAGCCGAAGCUGACAAGGAUCGAAUCCUGUGA